CAAGUAACCAAACGCUCGUAAAUGGCCAAGUCAGUUCAGUAAUCAGAGCAAAGCUUCUUCAACCAAACGUUCGCAAGGAAACAGUGAUCGGAGAGCAAUGGGGUUUCAGUACAGAACUCUAGCAAAGGCGGUGCGGCGGCGCACCGCGAGCAGUAUUUCACCACCGCCACAGCCGCCGCUCGUCCUCUCGCGAUCCUUCGCGCAUUUGUCGUCCGAGUUCGCGGCAAACCGCAGGUCUCCUCCUCGUCGUCAUUUUGGCAUUGCGUUCGAUAUCGACGGCGUCAUUUUUCGCAGCGAAUCGCCAAUCGGCGGCUCCCCUCAAGCGCUCAAACGCCUCUACGACGAAGAAUCCGGUGCCUUACGGAUCCCUUACGUUUUCCUGACCAAUGGUGGUGGUUUUCGCGAGUCUAUAAGAGCAUCGGAGUUGAGCACACUUUUGGGCAUUAAUGUUUCGCCAUUACAGGUACUACAAGGUCAUACUCCCUUUAAGAAUUUGGUGCAGAGGCUUGAGAAUGAACUUGUUGUUGCAGUUGGAAAAGGAGAGCCAGCUGCAGUGCUGUCUGAAUAUGGAUUCAAAAAAGUUGUUUCUAUAGAUGAGUACGCAUCCUGUUUUCCUGGGAUUGAUCCACUUGCACCAUACAAGAAUUGGGAAGUUAAACAGGUUCCCAAACACAAUGGGGUUUCAGAAGCCAGAACCUCAACCGACAAUAUUUGUUCACAAAGAGUACAGGCUGUGUUUGUUGUCAGUGAUUCAAUUGAUUGGAGCAGAGACAUUCAGGUUCUCUGUGACAUUCUAAGAACAGGAGGUCUUCCGGGAAGGGAGAUUGGACACCAGCCACAACUUUAUUUUGCUCAUGAUGACCUUGCCUACCAGGUUAGUAAUUUUACUUUUGCAGGCUUGAGGUAUCGAUUUUCAGUUCAGGCUGCAUUUCCUUCAGAACGUUUUGGUUUGGGAGCUUUCAGAAUUGCACUAGAAUCCAUCUUCAACAGAAUUCAUCAUGAUCCUCUUAGUUAUACGUGUUACGGGAAACCAAAUCCAUUUGUGUUCAAGAAUGCUGAAGCUGUGUUAAAGCAAUUGGUUUCUUCUUGCCCCGACAGUGGACUAGCCCCUGACAAUGCAAGUACAGCAGUGCAUAAUUUUGAAAGACUAUAUAUGGUAGGAGAUAAUCCAGACGUUGACAUCAAAGGCGCACGGCAGGCUGGAUAUCCUUGGUUCUCAAUUUUGACUAGAACUGGGGUUUUCAAGGGAACCGGAAACCAUGACAAGUUUCCAGCUGACUUGGUUGUGGAGACUGUAGAAGAGGCUGUAGAUUACAUUAUAAGAAAGGAGUGCAGCUGACACCAGGCUUAGUUCCGGAACAAGUCUUUUUCGAUCGACAUGUCUUGCAAAAACAGAGGAGAAUCAGUACUCAGGUUUCUUUACCAACCAAAAUAGUCAUGUUAGACUUGAUUUACUGGACCAAGAUGUCGCCAAGAAAUACAUGCCAGCUCACUCAACAACCUCUGAAGAGUGUUCAACUAAAAAUCAUCUCUUUCCCAAUAUUCUCUAAUCCAUCGAGCGUCUUGAAGUAUUUUAUCGGCCAGAAGACCAGAG